UCAUUUCAAUAAAUCAUGUAUUCCUCGGAUGAAAAAAAAAUAAUCAAAAUUUCUUUCGUCCAACUAAUAAAAAAAAAUUGGUACAACUAACCAAAAAUAUUAAUAGACAAAAAUGGAUUUAGUAUUGAUUUUUUUUAUCAUAAUUUUUUUUCAAAAAAUUCUAAAAAUCAGAUCAUCUGAUUCAACCCGAUUUAGAGUGGUUUGAGCACAUACCUUACCGCCAUUCUCAUCACCGCCGCCCAUCGCCGUCACUCAUCAACGCCACUGCUCACUCAUAAGGCUCCUUCAAACGAAUCACACAGCUUAGAAAUCAUCGAUUCACAAUUCUCUUCAACUCAUUAGACGAAUAUUGAGGCGGAAUGGGUGAUAGGCUGAAGAGGAAGAUGAGCAGCCUCAAUGACUUGCCCAACGAAAUUCUGCUUCAUAUAAUGUCAUAUCUUAAGAUAAAAGAUGUUGUUAAGACUAGUGUUUUGUCAAAACGGUGGAGGAAUCUCUGGAAAUUCCUCCGUCAUCUUAAAUUGGAUACCUCUGAAUUUAGCAAGCCGUGUUUUUUCUCUGAUUGUGUGUUUGAGAUUGUGUCAUCUCGUGGUAUGGGCGAUUAUCCCUUACGUACUCUUGACUUCAAUCGCCAUGGAGCUUUUCGACAUGAGAUUUUCACUCGUCUCAUAAACCAUGCUAUGUCUAAUGGUCUUCAGCAACUGAACAUAGCUGUUCCGAGCAAUAUUGGGUUGCCGUAUUCUAUCUUUUCUUGUCAUUCUUUGACCUCUAUUUAUAUUUCCGUUUCAAGGUAUGAUAUCAAGAAAAGAACCAGACUGCCGAAGCAUCUUGAUCUUCCAGGUUUGAGAAGUUUGCAUCUUGAACUUGUUGGGAUUCAAGCUGAUGAUAGUGGUCAUGCUGAACCCUUCUCAACUUGUACUAAGUUAACUGAUUUGAACAUUGAUGAGUGUUUCUUAGUUUAUCCCAGCUCUCUCUCCAGAGAUGGAGAAGGAAUCAUCAAUGUAACCAAUGAUACACUUUGUAAUUUGACCAUUAAGGAUACUUUAACUCUUAAAACUAUGAAACGGGGACCAACUUGCAAAUAUGUGAUUGUUACGCCAAAACUAGUUUCUUUUACUGUAAAUGGCUCUCCUUUCCGAGCAUCGUCCGUACCAGAGAGGGUGAAGGUUGAGCUUCAGUCUUCCUUGAUGACGUAAAAUCAAUACAAUCACCUCCAGAUCUCUUCAGGUAAUAGAAAAGUGGUUUUCAUGCAAUGAAUUUCCUAGAACUUAAUUGAAUAUUGAGCAGAGCAGUGCAUCUGAUCUAUUACUGGGAGGACUCUGUUGAUCAAACUUAUUGUGAUUAUUAGUAUAUAUAUGUAGUAUAUAUAUCAUGUUAAUGUUCAGUAAAUGUCUUCAAUUAAAAGGAUAAAUUGUUGUAAUAGUUGAUUAAUGUUUUACUUACGGAAAGUGUAAUAGUUGAUUAAUAUUUAAAGUUGGCAUUUUUUUUAAAAUUUUCUUAUAAGCAAAAUGCAAAUAUUGAGAAAUCCAAAAAUAUGGUCACACCAAUAUUCAUACCAGGGUGUAUAAGACUAGAGGUGCGCUACUUUUUCAUUAGGCUAGAUGAAUGAGUUGUCAAGUUUGUAACAUGCUAUUUACUUAUUUUUAAGUAUUGGUUGGAAAAAUACAAAGUUUUGGUUCCAA